CUGAGAUUCCAUCUCACUCUCCUCGGCGCAAACUCAGAAGCCACAUCACACUCGUUCAAUGCACAACUCAUCAACAUGGCUGCCAUAGACGAAGAAGCAAACCUGUCAAAAACAUCAACCCGGUCGGUAGACCAAGGCCAUCAAUCAGACGACCCUCCCCAAAAUGCCCUCAUGGCAACCCUCUCUCGAACGCGGAGCCGCACCAACACUCUUCUCGAAAAGGUCUCCCUCCGCGAGCGCAUCCACCAUUUCACCUUCGCAUGGUACACCCUAACGAUGUCCACGGGCGGAAUUGCCCUCCUCCUCGCCGAAACACCACACCGCUUCCGCGGUCUCGACACCAUCGGCCUGAUCGUCUUCCUCCUCGACAUCGUCCUCAUCUUCCUCAUCACUCUCACCCUCUGCCUCCGCUUCUCAUUCUUCCGCAAGGCACCCGCCAAAGCAAUCACCCACCCGUCGGAGUCCCUUUUCAUACCGACCUUCUUCCUCUCUCUCGCCGCCGCCCUCUCCAACAUCCAGCACUACGGCGUUCCGCAAUGUGGGCCCUGGCUAAUCGUCACCCUUCGAGUCUGUUUCUGGAUCUAUCUCAUCGUCACCUUCUUCGCCUCCGUGGGCAUGUACCACCUCCUCUUCACCGGCCGCCGACGACUCUCCCUCGACAGCAUGACCCCAGCCUGGAUCCUCCCCAUCUUCCCCGUAAUGCUCACAGGCACUCUGGCCGGCUUCAUGUGCCGCUCUCAACCACCAGACCAGGCAGCAGCCAUGCUCGGCGCCGGCCUCGCCGCCCAGGGCCUCGGGUUUCUAGUCUCGGCAUUCAUGUACGCGACGUACCUCUCCCGCCUGAUGACCAUCGGCCUCCCCGUCCAACGACCGGGCAUGUUCAUCGCCGUCGGUCCACCAAGCUUCACCGCUGCGGCUCUGGUCUCCAUGGCCGCCGACGUGCCCCGAUUGAUCGCCUCCGAAGGCUCCCUCGUCUCCGACUCCCUGCGAUCGGCAGCGUACCUCACCGACAUGGAGAACCCGGGCACAGUCGCCUUUGCCGUCCGCGCCAUGGCUCUCUUCAGCGCGGUGUUUCUCUGGGGCCUGUCGUUUUGGUUCUUCUCGUCCGCGUGCCUGUCUACGCUGUUUGGCAUGCCGGAUCACUCGUUCCAUCUCAGCUGGUGGAGUUUCGUGUUCCCCAACGUCGGAUUCACCAUCGCCACUAUCCGAAUCGGGGAGGCGUUCGGGAGCGAGGGACUCUUGUGGCUGGCCACCGUUUUCACGAUUUUGCUGGUUGCUGUUUGGCUCUUCGUCGGGUUCUGCUGCGCGCGGGCGGUGGUCCGGAGAAAGCUCGUCUGGCCUGGCCGCGACGAGGACAGCGAUUAA